GUUUUGCUGUUCCUUGCUCUAAACUUCAAAAACUGUAAAACCCUUCCAAAACCCUUGCUCACCCUCUCAUUUCUACAUUCGCCGCCGAUGAAGUUUCCGAACCACGUUAUACACAGGCGCCACCGCGGCAGCAGGACCUUCAUGGACGGUGCCGCCGCCACCACUGCCGUCAAAUUCGUCAGAGACCGCGGCCUAGACCAUGCAGUGGAGCGAGAGAAGAACCUUCGUCCACUCCUAAACGUUAAGAACCUCAUCAAAUCGGAGCCAUCAAAGUCCCUUCCCAUCUCCAUAAUCUCUCAGAACAAAGACUCACUCAAAAUCCCUUCUCGACCCAUCGAAUUCAUCCGCAAAUACCCAUCGGUCUUCCACGAAUUCCUCCCCGGCGGAAUCGGAAUCCACCCCCAUAUCAAGUUGACUCAAGAAGUACUCGAUAUCGAUGCCGAUGAGCAUUUGGUUUACGAGAGUGAUUCUUACAGGCAAUUAGUAGCUAAUAGGCUUUUGAAACUGUUGAUGAUAUCGAGAAUGAACAAAAUCCCCAUCAACAUCCUCGAUAAACUGAAAUGGGAUCUAGGUCUUCCUCAAAAUUACUUGAAAACCCUCGUCCCGGAUUUCCCUGACUGCUUUCGGGUCGUCGGGUCCAAUGAAUCGGGUCAAUUGGAAUUGGUUUGUUGGAGUGAUGAAUUGGCUGUUUCGAUUCUUGAAAAGAAGGCUAUGGAAGGAGGGUCUGGGUAUUCCAAAGGGAUGCCUUUAGCAUUUCCAGUGAAGUUUUCAAAGGGAUUUGAGAUGGAUAAGAAGGUGAAAAAAUGGUGGGAUGAUUGGCAGAAAUUGCCUUACGUUUCACCAUACGAGAAUGCUCUUCAUCUUUCACCAAAAACUGAUGAAUCUGAUAAAUGGGCAGCUGCUGUUUUGCAUGAAAUUUUGAAUCUUUUCGUAGCUAAAAAGGCAGAGAGGGAUGAUGUGUUGUGUAUUGGGGAAUAUUUGGGGAUAAGGUCAAGGUUCAAGAGAGUUUUGCUUCACCAUCCACACAUUUUUUACUUGUCCAGUAAGAUUGGAACUUAUACUGUUGUUUUGAAGGAGGCUUAUAAAAGGGGUUUGCUGAUUGAGAAUAAUCCAUUGAUGAACGUUAGGAAUCGGUAUCUUCAUCUUAUGCACACUGUUAAAGAACAUGGUAAAGACAUUUCUAUGUCUCCAGGAACCAAUCAAGAAAAGAAAGCAGCGAGUAAUGCAUCCAAAAAGGAAGCUGGUGAUGAUGAUAGUGAAGAGGAGAAUAAUGGACUUUCAGUUUCUUUUUCUGGUUCAGAAACUGAGAAUGGUGAUAGUGAUGAGGAAGAGGAUCAAUUCAAAGGCGGCCGGCGUGGUUCUCGUGAAGCUGUUGCACUUAGUAGAAGAACAACAACAACAAGUAAGAGGAAGAAUGGGGACUUGAAAACUCAUUUGGGUGAUGGUGAAGGUGAAAGGGCAAUGGGAAGAUGGCAUAGUAGGACUAAACCCAAAGUUCCACAACCACUAAAUGCUUCUACUAAUGUCCAUAGGAGAUCUCAACAGAGAUCUUCAAGUUGACAUCAGAGAAGCAGUAGAUAAUUUGCCAAAAUAACUUUUGGGCCUAGUUUGCCACUUGCUCUGAUUCUUUUGAUAUGAAUUUUGACAAGAAAAAGUGGGGCAAAAUGACCAGUUUGAGCCACAAAUGAAGGCCUUUUGAUGGAAUUCAAAUGAGUAGGCUGAGAAUUUGUUGAGUUUAUCUUUGUAUUAUCAAAUUUACUAGAAGCAUAUUGUCUGAAACUCAAUCAAUUUUAUAAUAUUAUGUUGCCUUUUAA